UCACCAUGCACUGCCACGCCGAGCUGAGGCUGAGCUCGCCCGGCCAGCUCAAAGCAGCCAGGCGGCGCUACAAGACUUUCAUGAUCGACGAGAUCCUCUCCAAAGAGACCUGCGACUAUUUUGAGAAACUUUCUCUCUACUCGAUGUGCCCGUCGCUUGUCGUGCGACCCAAGCCCCUUCACUCCUGCACCGGCUCCUCAUCCCUUCGUGCAUAUCCCCUUCUCUCAGUCAUCACUCGGCAGCCCACAGUCAUCUCCCACCUGGUCCCUGCCACCCCGGGAAUCCCUCAGGUGUUACCGCACCAUCCAGCCACUGAGGUUGCUCCUGUGGAAGCCCCAGGUGGUGAGGCUCUGGCCAGCAGUGAGUCAGAGACUGAGCAACCAACCCUCCGGCAGAAGAAGCCCCGCCGCAGCCGCACCAUCUUCACUGAACUACAGCUCAUGGGUCUGGAGAAGAAAUUCCAGAAGCAGAAGUACUUGUCCACCCCAGACAGGUUGGACUUGGCCCAGUCACUUGGACUGACUCAGCUGCAGGUGAAGACGUGGUAUCAGAAUCGCAGGAUGAAAUGGAAGAAAAUGGUUCUUAAGGGUGGACAGGAAGCACCCACAAAACCCAAAGGUCGUCCCAAGAAGAACUCCAUUCCUACAUCAGAAGAGAUUGAAGCUGAAGAGAAGAUGAACAGCCAGGCCCAGAGCCAGCAAUGCCUGGAGCCCUCUCAAGGGCAGGAGGGGCCCUGUCACCCAGAAGAACCAAAGGCGUGUGAUGCCCCCUUAGAGGUGGCAGAGCCCCCAGGCCAGCCCCAGGAGUUGUCAAUAACUUCUUUGGAACCCCCACCAUCAAGCUAAAAUAAAACUCUUUUGGGGGAAGGGGGAGAUUGG